AUGGAAGAAUCAGAAACCCUCAUCAAGGGUUCAGCUGAUUCUUCUAAUAAAUUGACGGGCCUCUCGAUUGAGAGCUCGUCAGAAAGUUCGUGGAACAUCUAUCUUGAAGGAUGGGCUAUGAGUCCCACUCCCUCGAUCACGAGGCCACUGCGCGCUGAACCUCGACAUAAUGAUCAGAGUGAACCAGAGACGACGCGUCCUCUGUAUGUUGGGUAUUUCGAGGGAGUGGGUCAGGAGCCAGGAAUGUGGAGGAGGAAUGGGAGGAAGCGGAAGCUGAGGAUUUGGUUCCAAGAACAGAGGAGAACUGAGGGGCUAGAGGAAAUUUGGUUGGUGGUGGAAACGAUACAUCUCGGUUCCAAAAUAAGGGAGACGUGGGUCUCUCGACGACGCGCCUAAUAUCUCCUAAAACCUGGGAAUAUAUACCGCUGGAAUCAAGACUUGAACCCGCUGACGUCGGUAUUGAAACUCUAUUAUGAGACUUGUUGCAGUUUGGUUUCUAAGCAUCAGGACUUUUACAUUUAUGAGUUCAUGAAUCUUAUAUUGCUUGGAGAUUAUGGUUAUCUUUGGCAUCCUGGAGUACCUGGCGUACGUGUGA